AUGCCAGUGACUCAGGGAGAUGGUUGGCUGAUCACGGGGCCUCCCCAGCGUGCUCCGCCUUUCCUCUUACCUACCUCGCUCACCCAAUUCCCGCCUCCAGCGCGAAAUGAUGGCAGCUUCCUUGCGAACUCUGCGAAAUGCUGGAGGAAGUUCACAGAGAAACAUGAAUGGGUGACAGUGGACAAAGGCAUUGGUACUGUGGGCAUCUCAGAUUAUGCCCAGGAAGCAUUGGGUGACAUUGUCUAUGCACAGUUGCCUGAACUAGGAUCUGAAUUCUCUCAGCAUGAUGAAUGUGGAGCUCUAGAGAGUGUCAAAGCAGCAAGUGAAUUGUACUGCCCAGUUUCUGGCUGGCUCUUCAAGCUCAGUUUGGCCAAGCCAGAGGAGUUGGACAAGCUCAUGGAUGAAGAAGCUUAUGAGAAAUUUCUCAAGAGCCAAGAAUAG